AUUAUUAUUAUUUUAGAGUAGAAUUUUUUAUUUUUUAAAGUUGUUCUUACAACAUAAAAAUAGUAAGUAGGGUGGUAAAAGGACACAACACAAGAUGGGCAUCUCAAAUUCUCUUGCUCAUUCCUUAUCUAAUUAGGAUAAUGGAAAUGCAGCUUGGUGUGCGCUCCAAUGAUUAGGAAAAUAUAAGCGAUUUGUAUUCCAUACCAUCAGCCCUAUCUUUUAAUCUAUAUCUCAAAAUACAUGGACCUCCCCCUAGCUUCUCAUCCUCUUCCACAACUACCAUCACCCCCACCCCCACCCCUUCCUCCUACCCCUCCCCCUCUUCCUAAUGCUGAUGUUGUUGCUUCAGUACUCAUUGGCUUCUUUUCUAUAUUCACUGCCCCACUGUUCAUCUUUUUGGUUGUCCUCACCCUCUGCGGUUGGCUCAAGCGUUUCUUCAGAAGGAGAGAUGAUCAUCAAACUCCAGAGCCGGAUAUCGAAAUCGGAGCUACAAAUCUUUAUCAUGAUCAUCGCCCCCCUUCUCAUGAUUUUAGUCCAAGAACACAUGAUGAUAUUAGUCAAAGAUCUGUAGAGGAGAAGUGGAUGGAAGUAGCGCCAAGCUUUGUGUUUGAUAAAAGUAGGGCUGAGGAAGGUGGAAUGAAGGGUAACGAUGAAUGUGUGAUAUGCUUGGAAGACAUUAAAGAUGGAGAGAUAUGUAGGGUUCUUCCUGAAUGCAGCCAUGUCUUCCAUAAAGCAUGUGUAGGCUUAUGGCUGAUGAAGAAAAGGGUCUGCCCCAUAUGCCGUCUUCGUGUUAAAGAUACUGUACCAAAUCUUGAUUAGGGUUUUCCUGUUUUUAUUUUUUAUUUUUUGGAUUUGUGAGGGCAUGGGAUUGUAUAUACUUUGCAUUCGGUAUCAUUGCUGGCCUUUUCAUGUGUGUUACGUAAUUUCUAUAAGUUAUUUAUAUUUUUAUUGGAAAGAAAA